UCACUCACUUCCACCAUCCUCUACUCUAAUCUUGCAGUCACCGUACUGUUUUCAUACGCCAAACCUGUGUCUUCGACCACGCUAAUCUCGACCUACAGCACACUCUAACUCACACAACUGUAACCGAGUCGCCAGUGAUUCAUCAUGCCUGUCAUCUCACGUCUCAUCUCCAUCGUCUUCCGCGUGGUGGAGGUCAUUUGUGCGGCAGUGGUUGCCGGUAUCAUCGGGCACUACCUGCACCAGUAUAAUGGCGAUGCCUGGCCGGUUGCCAGAUGGAUCUAUACGGAAGUCAUAGCCGGCUUGUCGAUACUGCUGGGCCUAAUAUGGCUGAUCCCGUUCUCAUCGGGCUUCUUCUCGUGGCCGUUUGAUGUCAUCAUCUCCUUCGCCUGGUUUGCUGCCUUCGGAAUAUUGGUCGAUGCAAUUCACAAGCUGAACUGUGGAUCUAUCUGGUACUGGGGCGGCAUCAUCCACAACAACUCGUGUGGCCGAUGGAAGGCAGCCGAAGCGUUCAGUUUCAUCUCCGCCAUCGUCUGGCUGGCCUCGGCGCUUGUGGGCAUCUGGUUCACCUUCCGUGUCCGUGACUCGUCUGCUCCUCGACAAUCGAGUUCGCGAUCGUCCUCUUUCGAGAAGGGCUCGCAGGACUAUCGCCUGACGGUGCUGGAGCCUGAGCAUCACGACGACUCCGACAGCAGCCAGCUGGUUGUGAUUGGGCGGGAAAGCUCCGACCUGCGGCCCGAUGCAGCCACGAGGGAGCCUCUGCUGCCAACCUCAUCUCCGAUCACAGAUCACAAUCGACACCAUGAGCCCGAGAAAUUCUCAUGCUCGAUAUCCGGCAUUCGCACCUGGAUCAAAGGUCCGGUCCCGCCAGUCGAGUACAAAAUCACUCCAUGGCUAGUCCGCUGGCAGACGGCCCCAAGCCGUUAUGUUGAGCGUCUCCUUCCGAGCACACGUGCCAGAGUCUCGCUUCUUGUGGCUUGCAUCGCCCUGUGGGGAGUGGUGUUUUUGACCAUUCUGCACGUUUCAAUCACCGGGCAGGAGAUUCCUGGAUAUGGAGCUCCAGUCAAGCUAUCGUGUCAUGCACGACUAUGGUAUAACUCCACAGAGUGUGGUCUCGACGGAGAGGCCUGCCGUCCGUUUGAUAACGGUGGCUUUGCCUUUCGCUGCCCCGCCAGCUGUGCGGAUGCGAUUCUGCUCGAGCCGUACGUUGUCGGGCCUGCAGAGUACAACUACCGUCCGCUAGUCAUCGGAGGAUCCCUCCAAGACAACUCCACUGCCGACACUGCAGCUAGCCUCGGAGACCCAGGCAUCUACCGCGGCGACUCAGCCAUCUGCCCUGCGGCACUCCACGCCGGCCUGAUCGACAGCCAAACCGGCGGCUGCGGCGUGCUCCGCCGCACGGGCGAGCACAACGACUACCCCUCCGUCUCCAAGAACGGGAUCACGAGCAUCGGCUUCGCAUCCUCCUUCCCGCUCUCCUUCACCUUCAACACCGACUCAUCCGAAAACACCAGCUGCCGCGACCAGCGCUGGCCGCUCUUCACCUUCUCGCUCCUCACCACCACCCUCCUCUCCCUCUGCACCACCUCCUCCGCGGGCUUCUUCGCCUCCAUCUACUUCAUCGUCUACUUCCAGGUCGCCCUCUCCUCGGACCCGCCGUACUCCCCGGACUACCUGGAAAUCGUCUCCACCGCCCUAGGCCGCUUCCUCCCGUGCGCCAUGGUCGGCUGGGCGAUCUACCACUUCGCGGUGCGGCGCACCCUGGCGCACAACCUGCCCGCGCGCUGGGACCAGACGGUCCUCUGGCUGGGCCCCUGCUGGGUCGGCGCCCUCAACACCGACACCUUCGACAAGAUCCCGAUCUCGCGCCUCACGCCGCACGACCUGCAGCAGCAGCCCGGCGCCAUCCCCGCGCUGCUCACCAUCGUCGCCUGCCUGGUCCUCAUCGUCCUCACCCAGGCCCUGGCCUUCCGGAAGGAAGGCCGCCUCCCGCAGAUGCUGACGGUCUAUGCCGUCUUCGUCGCCGGCCUCGCCCUGCUCCUCGCCGUGCCCCACAUGAACCUCCGGAUCCACCACUACAUCCUCAGCCUCCUGUUCCUCCCCGGAACCACCCUGCAGACCCGCCCCUGUCUCGUGUACCAGGGCCUGCUGGUGGGCCUGUUCGUCAACGGCAUCGCCCGCUGGGGCUUCGACUCCAUCCUGCAGACCGGCGCGGCGCUGCUCGACGGCGCCCAGCUGGGCAGUGUGCUGCCCGUCAUCGCUUUCGCGGUCGGACGCGAUGCGCUGGUGAACGGUACCCGAGGGCCGUCGGUGGGUGAUGGGGUGAGUGUUUUGGUUAAUGAUGUCGAGCGGUAUCGAGGCUUUUGGUCGGAUUUAGUGGGCGGUGCCGGCGCCGAUGCCGGUGAUGCUAAUGCUGAUGGUGGUAAUGCUACGGUCGCUGUUGCUGCUGCCGCUGGGGAGGGAUUGUUUAAUUGGACGAGGCUGGCUGACGGCGAGGAUGAGUACUUUCGGUUCGCGUUUAUGCGGUUGAAUGCCCUGGGUGGGUUUUGGUAUGAGGAUUUUACGAAGCCUGGGGUGUGGACGAGGGAGGGGGCGUGGAUGGGGUGGGAGGAGGUUGAGAACGAUCAGGAUGGUGAUGAUGGUAGUGAUGGUGGUGGGGCGAGGUGA